AUGACUAUCGUGAGAGAUGCAACAGUUAGGGCUUUCUUCCAGGGCAACUGGCCAAUUUUAUUAUUGGUAUCUGUCGCUAUUACCAUUGGCAUCCGAUUGAUCCCUCGGAGAGCCAAUAUUCCUGUCUAUAGUAGGUAUUCGGGCUGGCGAGGUCGCUGGAAAGACUCGUUGCACUAUCUUCACGACAGUGCUGGAACUUUGAGAGCUGGCUAUGAAAAGUUCUCUCGCCAUGGGCAGUUCUUUCAACUUCGGACGCCCAUUCGGUGGAUUGUAGUUGUGCCGCCUAAACUUGUGGAUGAGAUUCGUACCGCACCCCCAACGCAUUUGAGCGCUAAAGAGUCGGCAAACGAUGUGAGCAGAGCCUACAGAAUGAGGGAACUCAGCUCACCAAAGUGCCAGGUGCUUCAAACUAGAUACACAGUGUCCCCAAUCGUCGAGGCAGAGAAAUUUCAUUUCCACAUUGUCAAGACACAUCUCACGCCCAACCUGGAGAACAAAAUCGAUGAUCUUCGCGACGAAAUCAAAUUGUCAUUUGGUGACGAGAUAGGAAACCCAACUGAUUGGACGGCGGUCGUGAUGUCUAGAGCAGCUCAUCGGAUCGCAACCCGAACUGCCAAUAGACUACUCGUCGGGGCACCGUUGUGUCGGAAUGAGGAGUAUCUCGAUAUGUCCAUCAAGUAUACGAUAGAUGUAUUUGGAGGAGCUGACAAGCUUCGCGCGUGGCCUAAGUUCCUCCGUUCAACAGUCACACAGUUUGUGACCAACGUCAAGGAACGGCAGCGAGUAGCUCGAAAACAUCUCAUCCCGUACAUCAAAGCUCGAUUACAGGAAGAAAGUGAUGGAUUUAUUGAGAAGCCUCCUGUUGAUUCCCUUCAAUGGGUCAUGGACGCGGCACCGAAUUCCGGCGAAAGAGACCCGGAGCGGCUGAUGUUUCGUCUAUUGCACUUGAAUGUGGCGGCAGUGCAUACGACCAGUGUCACCUAUCUCAACGCCAUGUUGGAUUUGGCCUUCCAUACUGAAAUUCAUGAAGAGCUGCGAACCGAGAUUGAUAGCGCAGUCCAGGAGCACGGAUGGUCGGGGCGAGCAUUGAGUCAAAUGCGGAAGCUUGACAGCUUUUUGACUGAAAGCCAGAGACUUUCACCUCUUGCCAGCUCCCAACUGACUCGCGCGGUGAUACAAGACUUUACAUUCUCUGACGGCACCACAGUCCCUAAAGGCUCCUACGUUCUGGCACCAAUGUAUGCGAUGUAUUUGGAUAACAAUAUCUAUCAAGAUGCAUCUACCUUUGAUGCAUUCCGCUUUUCGAAGCUUCGAGAACAGCCCGGCCACGAAAAUCGACACCAGUUUGUGACUACAUCUCCGACACACAUCAACUUUGGACAUGGCAAGCAUGCAUGUCCUGGACGCUUCUUUGCAGCACAGGAGAUAAAACUAUUGUUGGCUCAUGCUUUGAAGGAAUAUGAUAUACGACUUGAAGAUCCAACUACGCUGCCUGAGGGUUCUUGGUUUGAUCGUUCUCGAAAGCCUAACCAAACCGCGCGUGUUCUUUUCCGCCGUCGUUAA